CAAGAGGUGGUCCCGGACUAGUCGUGGUGGGAUUUUUGUCUGGGAUAGACGCUGCGUGUAGUCGAUCAAAGGAGUUGGAGUGCUAAGCUCAGAUAUCGCUGAGUUGAGGAUAUACCUGAGUUGAGGAUAUAUCUCUUAGUGCGUCUUCGAUUCGGUACUCUGUUGCCUCAUGUGCGUAAAUCGGCUACAAGUUCUAGUCCUGUUUGGACUCGCAGCUUCAGGCCUGCGGCUGGCGGCCGGGAUGCGUGUGUACACGUCUGGCGAGCAGGAGGCGGUCAACGGCACCGAUGUGCGGCUUAAGUGCACGUUCGAGAGCAAGGAGAACAUCAACCCAUCCCUGCUCACCGUGUCCUGGACGUUCCGGCCUCUUGGCCCCGGUCACGAUGAGUCGGUGUUCUACUACCAGGUGAAGCCCUACCCCCCAUCUGACGGGCGCUUCCGCAAAAAGGCUCAGUGGGCCGGAGACAUCAUGGCUGGCGACGCUUCCAUCAUCAUCAGCGAGGUCAAGUUCACCUUCAACGGAACGUUCAGCUGCCAGGUGAAGAACCCGCCUGACGUGCAUGGGAACCCAGGCACAGUGAAGCUCACGGUCGUCAAAACAGCCUCUUUCUCUGAGAUCGUGGUGGUGGCUGGGAUCAUCCUGGGGGCCAUCGCUCUGAUCAUGGUGCUGCUGAUCCUGGUGCUCUCCAUCCGACGCUGCCGCAAGAAGAGGCAGGACCGCGAUCGGGCCAGCGAGCUCCCACAAACAAGGAAGGACCCUACCAUGUGCCACCCUUCAAAAGCAGUGCACCUCUAUGUGGAAGUGGAAUCGUUUGAAGUUGACAGUUCCGAUGGCAUGAUCUCGGGCCCGAGCACUCCAGAGUCGAGCUCCUCUGAGGAAGAGGAGCCGAGCUCAGACGAAGAGGGAGGCUCAGACUCAGACUGACACCGACCAGCAGCCCCUGAACAGACAAGACCAAGUGUACGGAAACAGCGAAGAAGAGAGUGAAAUAUGGGAUCCUAAAGUACUUGUGUCUGGAGGAAUGUUACAAGGAAUCCCGAAGUAUUUGUUUUUCAUGCUGUCCCGCUCCUGCCGAGCGGCCGCCAUGAUAAAACGGGAUGAAAGCCGACCCGGGAUGAACAGAUGGGAAAUGCACUGCCAGAGAGGCAGGCCUCUGCCAAGUGACCAAACACAGUCAAAAUCAAUGUGGCGUAAGAACCACACAUUACAUAUACAUAAACUGCCCCCAUCAAACAUCCAUUUUUAGAGGCGUUAACACAUGCGCUUAGCUUCAAAACACACUGCAUAUGAACUAAAAGAUAAAGUAUUUAUGACUAUUUAUAACUGACAUUGUCUACCACAACAUAUUGCAGAGCGAGCUGUUUUCCAGUGGAAGCCUGAAGCUGUAUCAUGAAAUCCCAAGACAAGAGAUAAUAAUGUUGCACUUAUAUGUGAAAAAGAUUUUGAAAAAUAUUUUGAAGUUUAACUUUUCACACUGUUUUACAUUAUAAGAAUGUACAGUGACAUGCACUCAAAUUGCCAGCUGACUGUUUAAAGAUCCCUUGGCAUGCACUCAGUGAGUGUCAGGUGCCAAGUGAAUUAUGUGACUUGUAAAGCGAUUUGAACAGUUUGACAGUCACAGGGGACAUCCACUAAGCAAACGCCACAGAUGGUUAAGCCUGACACCUAGACACAGUAUUAACCUUUGUCCUACCUAUCUCACUCUCCCACUGAGAGGUGUCGUAUAGGUGUGAGUCCACUCAAGGCUGGGCUGCUCUCUAAGACGACAUCUCUCUGCGGAACAUGAAAGAUCCCCUGUGUGAGCCUCACUGGCCUGAGGCAGGUCUGUACCUGAGACUGUGCAAUGCCAUGCCACACCACACCCUUCCCAAAUGCCUUUCCUCUGUGGUCCAUGGAAAAAACAAAAAUUCCAUUCCCAUUCCAAAAGCCAGCCAUUCCGCUGCCAAGACAUUCCCAGCGUCGUCUGAUGAGGAUUUUCAUGCCUGCCAUAGAGGAGAUCAAGAGCGGCAUUGCAUAUUAUAUGACUGUUCAGAGAUACGCACACACACACACACACACACACACACACACACACAUGCUCAGUCACUCUCUCACUCUGUCUCUCUCUCACACUCACUCACACACACACACACGCUGUUCCUGUGUUGAUAUACGCUCAUCACUAGACACUUCAAUGUAUUUUCCCUGUGGCUGUCAAGGGUCAUGUGGAAUUGGGUGGCUCUGAAGGCUUCAGCCGCUGACACUUAAAAUUGGGGUCGAUUGCACCUUGUGCGUGUAGAGGUAGCCACUGGGCACACUCACACUCAUUGGUCUGAAAACCCUUUUCACUGAUGCAUGUUAACUUGCAACCUCUCUGUGGUGAAAACUACUAACACAAUUUUAACAUGUCUUUAUAUAAGAUGUUAUAUGAGCAUAAUGACAAUUGUCCUACAUGAAGUUGAUAUAUUUUUUAUUGUUUUAUUAAAAUAUUUCACCUUUUUCCACUGAAUGGUAUUCUUCCAAAUGCCAAUGUAAAAUUGAAUUGUAGAUUUUUAUAAUAAAAAAGAAUGAUUUAGAAGUUA